UCCACGGAGCUAAAAAUGCCGUGUUUACAAUGUUAUGGUUUCCACUGAACUGAUUUUAUUUUAUUUUAUUUUUUCGGUAAUUGCUUUAGCGGUUAAAAUGUUUGCUGACACAUGACGCUUUAAUAUUUAAUUUUACCGACAGUAUCGACAAACAUGUUUAAGCCCAAAAGCAACUUUGAAUGGAAACGUAUUUUGUUUUGUAGCAAGAAAUGCCGAAGAAGCCAACUUUAGAAGCAGUUAGAAUCCCUCAUCUAACACUAAAGGGGAAACAAGCUCCAGCCUUGGUUAUCUAGACAACAAAUGUGUGCCUGCUUUAUUUGGUAAUAUGUAUAUAAUUAGUGAUAUAUUGGUUUAAAAUAAUAAAGUGAAACUGAAGACUGUUACUUUGAAGAUUAAUUUUCCUGAUUUAUUUCCUUCCAUCUGGUGUUUUGCCUCGGCAUACGGUAUCUGUAGCUAUUAUAGAGUUUCCUUGUCUUGCAAUGGGUGUGGGAGAAACUCUUCUCUUCUAUACUUUUCACUGCAACUGGCAACUCUGCGUUUUCUGGCUCUGCGUAGUGUUUAUUACUGUACUGUUUAUCGGGGUUUGUCCGCAAUUGUUCUCAAGACCAAGGACAUCAGAUAUCUCCAGACGUAAAGCAUAUAUGUUUAGAUCUUCUCUGUUUUUGCGAAGGUCCCCUCUUGGAAUGCUUUCCACAGAGGUUUCUCUGAGUGGGGUAACUACACAAAAGAUCAGCAAAGGUAUCACCUUCUAUGAGAAUGAGUGUACGGUGCCGCCUUCAUCCACUGGCCGACUCAGACCCCUGCUGCUGCUGCUGCCCUGGCUGGGCUCCCAACCAAAGGCUCAGGCCAAAUACUGUGAGAUCUACCUUAGAACAGGCUUCAACGUGCUCGUGGUAGAGAGUAAUUUGAGCAUGUUCCUAUGGCCUCGAUGGGGGUUUCAGAACAGCAGCAGGGUGCUGGAGCUCCUCAAGAGCGAGCGCUUCUCACAGCAACCCCUGCUUAUCCAUGCCAUUUCCAUCGGGGGAUACACUUUUGCCCAGAUGCUUGUUCAGAUGUCCAGAAAUGCUGAGCACUACCAGGACCUGACCAGUAGGAUCCAGGGACAGAUCUAUGACAGCCUGGUCAUAGGCUCACUGGAACACAUGAUUACAGGUAUAAGCAGAUAUGUGUCCCCUCUUUUGGAGAGCCUAGUGAAGCAUGCUAGCCUCCUAUAUUUCCAGGUCUUCAAACACCAAACAGUGGAUUACUUCAACCACAGCAUUGAUGUGUUCCGAAACACUCUAGUGACAGCUCCUGCACUUUUCUACUACUCUGACAGUGAUGCACUGUGUGAUCCAAAGGUUAUGCAGGAACUGCUGGAGUACUGGAAGAAGAGGGGCAUUACAGUGAUGAGCAAGAAUUGGACAGAGUCUGUUCAUGCCGGACAUCUGCGUGCUCAUCCUCAAGAGUACCUGUCUCUCCUGGAACACUUCCUGUGCUCUGUGAAGAUGACUCCUUUCAAGGCUAAAAUGUGAUGGACAUUUAAAUUGACAUGUGAAGUCCUUCUUGUCUAAAAUGUAUUUAAUCCAGCAAAAUAUUUUACUUUUACUUUUAGAUUUUACUUUUAAAAUAAUUUAAAAAUUCCAAUAUCUAAUAUUUAUCAUGGUGUCUUCUGUAAUUGUAGCCUACUGAAUUUAUAUUUUGCAGAUUUUUCUCUUCUGCUGAUGCUAUAAUGCUGUAUAAAAACAGUUUUUGACAUUUUGUAAUUCAGUUCUAAUUUUGAUUUACAACUGUUUAAGAUGACA